CUGUAAAACGGACCUUGGUGUGUUUAGGACGCUUGCAUGGACAGUGGGAAGGAGGUGAGAGUGAAUGAAAAAUAUUUUACGAAAAGAGAAGGAAAAUUGUAUACAUUCACUGAGCUGUAUUUAGCUAAUGCAGAAAAUCACAUUUGAAUGUGUUGCAUCCCUGUGUAAGAUUUUUCUUCGGAGACAAAUCCAGUUCUGACAGGCAUCAUCAUUGACAAGAACUCCUAGGAUUUACCCAGCUCUGUAAAUUUAACUUGGCCUGCUGCUUUCAGCAAUGUACAGGAAAGUCCUUGCUGAGCGGAUUGUCCGCUUACUUCAGAUAAUAGUGACUGGUCUUCUUCUGUGUAUCCAUAUCUCUUGCGCUAGUAACUGCCCACUCCAGUGUGUCUGUGACAUCCGUCCAUGGUACACACCUCAGUCAGCAUAUCACCAAGCAAAAACAGUGGACUGCAACGAGCUUCAGCUUGGAGGAGUGCCAUGGAACAUCUCAGGUGACACUCAAGUUCUUCUUCUGCAGAGCAAUAAUAUUUCCCAUGUGACCUCUGAGCUACAGAAUCUAGUCAACCUAACUGAGCUGGACUUGUCUCAAAACCACUUUACUCAUAUUCGGGAUAUUGGUCUGUUCAACUUGUCACAGCUUAUUACUUUAUAUUUAGAAGAAAACCAAGUAAAAGAAUUGCCUGAUUUUUGCCUGAGAGAUUUACGCAGUUUGGAGGAACUGUACAUUAACCAUAACCAGAUUUCUUCAAUUGGUCCCAAUGCCUUUUCUGGGUUGGGUAAUCUACUGCGUCUGCACCUCAACUCAAACAAGCUAUCAGUAAUUGACAGCCGCUGGUUUGAACCUCUUCCAAAUUUAGAAAUCUUGAUGAUAGGAGAAAAUCCCAUUAUUGGUCUAAAAGACAUGAAUUUCCAGCCUCUUGUUAAACUUCACAGCUUAGUUUUAGCUGGAAUGCAGCUGAAUGAAGUCCCUGAUAAUGCUUUUAAAGGUUUGAAUUAUCUUGAAAGUCUUUCGUUUUAUGACAACAAACUCACAACAGUUCCGAGAAAUGCUCUGCGUAACCUUCCUGUUCUCAAAUUCCUUGACUUAAAUAAGAAUCCCAUUGUUAAGAUCCUUGAAGGUGACUUCAGAAAUUUCCCCCACUUGGAGGAACUGAGCCUGAAUAACAUGGAAAAGUUGGUGGCAAUUGAAUAUCAGGCUUUUGAAAAUUUACCUGAAAUGGCCAAACUAGAAAUUCGUAACAACCCACGACUUUCUUUCAUUGAUCGCAGGGCUUUUCAAAAUGUUGGUGGCCUUCGUACCUUACUGUUGAGCAACAAUGAUCUUAGCUUACUGCACAGGGAUAUCCUGGCAUCACUUCCAAGUUUAGAUGAAAUAAGCAUUCAUAGCAACCCUAUUCGCUGUGAUUGCCUGUCAAACUGGGCAAAAGCCUUUGGUAAUCACUCAAAUGUUCGCCUAUUAGAAACUCCACUUACAUUGUGUGCUUCCCCACCUCAUCUGAAUGGACACCAGCUUCAAGAAGUCCUUAAUGGCUGGGGUUUGGCAACCAACUCCUGUUUACCUCUAAUUUCAGGUCAUGGAUUUCCUGUUAAUCUUAACACAACUGCUGGAGCUUCUGUUAACUUGGACUGCUGGGCAUUGGCAGACCCUGCACCUCAGUUUUAUUGGGUCACUCCAUCUGGGAGUAAGGUCACCCUUGAAACAACAAUAGAAAAGUACAAGCUGCAAAAUCAGGGUACUUUGGAAAUCUGGAAAGUGGAGCCUGAAGAUUCAGGUCUUUAUACAUGUGUUGCAUGGAAUUCAGAAGGUGCUGAUACACGGAGCCUAACCCUACAGGUGUUUGGUGAUGGCAACACAGCUUCUUCAGUAGAUCUCCUAGCUUUGUCAAACUCCACUCAAGCCCUGGUGAUUGUGGCAAAGCAUAUUCAUUCUCGCUCUGUGGUGGUAGAGUGGAAACUGUAUCCAGGUGCAUUUAACCAGGGCUCUGGAACAGACCAUGAAGUUCCUCAGCCCAAAUGGGCAAUGGCAACCAUGAAGAUUCAUAACCCUCACAUUAGCUAUACUGCAAAAGUUCCUGUGGACACCCAGGAAUACAAUCUGACUCAUCUCCAGCCAUCCACAGAAUAUGAAGUCUGUCUCACUAUUUCAGCUGCCACAAGCCACCAGACGCAGCGGUCCUGUCUCAAUGUAACCACUAAAGAGGCCACGUUCUCAGUGGAGAUGGUCGCCCAGCCAAGUAAUGUAGCUCUAGCAGCUGUGAUGGGCUCGAUGUUUGCUAUUUUCAUCAUGGCGUUGCUUGUUUUCUACAUGGGACGGAGGAUGAAGCAGAAAGCUUGCCAUCAUUCUUUGAAGAAAUAUAUGCAACAUACAACCUCAAUCCCCUUAAAUGAACUCUACCCACCCCUCAUUAACCUAUGGGAAAAUGAAACUGAAAAAGAAAAAGAAUGCAGUUUGGCGCAGCAGAGUGUGCAGAUAGACACUUCCAAAACAUACAUGUGGUAAUCUGCUUUAUUUGAAAGGACUUGAAUGAACAGCAGACUGGAUAAUAAGCUUGUAAAAUCUGUGUGUGUGUGUGUUUAGCUGUGUCUGGGUAUGUUUAUGCACAUUCAAGUGUGUGGAAGGUUUGUGUGUGUGUGUGUUGGGGGGGAUUAAUUUUUUUUAAAUUAUUUUUAAAGAUGCUUUCUUAAUGCAUAACUGAAAGAUUAGAUCACUUUAUGUACCACUGGAUUGCUUUACUUGUACUUGUAUAGGUAUUCUGUGUCCACAGAAACAAACUACUUAUCUUUGUGAUUUGUAGCAAAUUGAUAUUUAGAGCUAUAAAAUGGAAAAGAAAAAACACACCUGUAAAGGGUUAUAGCCAAGGUAAUGAUUACUAUGCAGAAUCAGACUUGUCUUAAUGCACUAGAGUACACUACAAAAAAAUAACAUUUUAUAAACUUGCGGAGGCUAUUUACUGAAAAGAGAGAGAAAAAAAGGGUUAAUCACACUUUUUAUGUAAUGUUUUAUUUUCCAUACUAUAGUGAAAGAGACUGUUAGGGGUAGCAGACAAUCUUCAUGUGUAGCAAAAAGUGCUGCUUCCUAUCCAAACAUGCCUCCUCCUACCACAUCUUCAUCCAUUUUUGCAAUCUUCUCUAUGCUAGUCGGACAUAAGAAGAGAGGGAAAAUGUGAAAAUUCUAAAAGUGGAUGGUAGUCAAAACAUUUUGGAAAUGCUUUAUAAGGACUAACUGUAAAAUAUGAUGUAAUUUCGAAAGUAGUUCCUGUCAAGUACCCCCAUUUUUGUGCUAAUGGAGAAUGCAUUCGGAAAGGGUAAACAAAGACAUUUCCUUUGUGAAUGUAACAUUUUGAUCUGUGUCUUUUGAGAUGUGUAAGAAGAUAGUGGUCCCUGAAGGCUGAUUCAUAUUUGAGCUAGGAGAAAAUCCCAUACAUAUAUAAAUCCCAUAUAUAUAUAUAUAUAUAUAUAUAUAUAUAUAUAUAUAUAUAUAUAUAUAUAUAUAUAUAUAUAUAUAUAUAUAUAUAUAGGUUCACCGACAAAAGCGCUAUAGACAUAUGAGCCCCAACAAAACAACGGACAAAUGAGCACCGACAAACCCACUAACUGAUUUUCAACAAAUGCGCGCCGACAAAAUCGCAACGACAAAAUUGCGAGAGAGGCCAAGAGAGUGGGAUGCGUAUGUGCGCUUUAUGUACACAUUAUGUGCUAGGUUAUAAUUGUUAUAACUGCUGAUGGCAUGCCGCGAACAAAUAACUCAGUCGAGGGUUGGAAUAACGUAUCGUAUAGAAAGUGGAAUUACCAGCAGUCAGGCAGCCAGCAAGUCUAAAUACGCUCAACUAUCAAGAUGUCUUGCUGCAAUUCUUC